AUGGAAACUACGGCAAACUCUCUGGGGCUCACGUAUGAGUCCCAGCAGUACGGUCAGCACAGCCUCCAGAAACUAGGCGUCUGGCGCUUCCCAAACCGCCCUGAGCAAUCAUCAGGCUAUUGGAUCAUCUUUAUCCAUGGUGGUGGCUGGCGUGAUCCGCGAAACACUGCAGACGAUUUCUGUCCCUCGAUCAAGCACAUCACGUCCUCCAGUGGGGAUGUCACGUCUAAUAUCAAAGGCUUCAUCAGCCUCGACUACCGGCUGUCACCGCACCCAGACUUCCCUCAGGACCCAGCCAGCACGCACAGCUCAGACCUCCGAAAUGCAAAACACCCAGACCACAUCCAAGACAUUUGGUUGGCGCUGGAGUUUGCCCAAAUGAAGUACCAGUUUUCGGAUGACUACGUCUUGAUUGGGCAUUCCGCUGGCGCCACCCUCGCCUAUCAACUCUUGAUGGGAGAGGCAGUGCUUGCUGGACGCUCUCGGCCGGAAGUCUCCCUCCCCGCCGCCAUCAUUGGUAUCUCUGGCAUCUAUGAUCUGGUCAAUCUCAAUGCCAGGCAUGAUGGCCAAUACGCCGGCUUUCUCGGUGCAGCGUUUGACGAAGCUCUUUGGACGAGUGCCUCGCCGGCGCAGUACAAGGCCAGCUUCAAGGAGAGCUGGCCAAAUGGCAUGCUUACUAUUCUGGCGUGGUCAUCUGAGGAUACUCUUAUCGACGAACCCGAAAUCGACGAAAUGGCCUCCAAACUGGCGCUUGACGGCGUCAACUUGGACGUUCUCAAAGACCUGACAGACGAUCACGACUGUGUUUGGCAAGAUGGCAAGCAGAUUGCUCGUCUUGUCUCUUUGGCUCUAACGAAGUUGGGCAGUGCGUGA